AGAGAGAGAGAGAGAGAAAGGGGGGGGAGGGGACAAAUACAUAUUUAUUUACACACUUUUGCAAUGAUUAAUUUAAGCCUGUUGCAUCAAUGCAAAUAAAUUUUAGUAUAACUUACUUUUUUCUAAAUCUAAGAAUUAAAACAAGAUAGUGAGUUUUAAAUCGGGAUUAAAAUUAAUCUACAUUAGUGCAAACAGAUUUCAGAUUAUUAUGCGAAUCAGAAGAAUAUUUUUAUUUUCUAUUACAAUUUUGCAACACAAAAAAAAUUUUAGGGGAAUAAUUUUAAAUAAAAGAUGUCUUUUUAGAUAGUCGAGUUCUACACGACAGAUUUAACAGUAGAUUUUGUACUUGAAUGUCUGCCUAUUAUUAUUCCUAAUCUCGGUGCAAUAGGGCAAUUCGUAAUGCGUAUAGCAAUCAACGACAAACUAAAGGGUUUAUUGGAACAAAUUAAAAUCGACUGGAAAUGCGCGAGAUCUCAAGAUGAGAUUAACAUUAUGCAAACAAAUGCGACAAACGGGAAGAAAGCGACGAAAAUGUUUUUGGUUUACAUGUUCUUAGGUAUAAGUAUGUAUAUGCUUACCACGUUAACCCCUCAAAUUCUGGAUUUAUUUAUGCCGCUGAACGAAUCUCGUCCGAGGGAGCAUCCGUUCCAUGCCGAAUUUUUCCUCAAUGAUGAAAGAGAUUUUUAUAUUAUCAGAUGUAUAAUGUAUUUUGGUAUCCUGUUCAUAUUGGGAGUGAUUAUUGCCAAUAACACUAUAUUUGUUAUUUAUACGCAGCAUGCAAGUGGAAUGUUUACUAUACUGGGACAUCGUGCAGAGCAGUUAUUCAACGACAAACGAGAGUUAUCCAAGAGCCGAUUUAACUGGGAAAAAGAUUAUAAAAAUAUUGCUAUUUUUGUCGAAGAUCAUCGCAACAUUUUACAGUUUGUGGAUAUUAUUCAAUCGUGUUACGGUAUGAACAUCUUUCUUGAAUUUUUCGGUUUAUUGCUCUUGUUAGGCACCACAAUGGUACAAGUAAUUAAAUUCAAUCAAUUAAAAAUGUCGGACCGAAUUAGAUCCAUAUUGUACAUCUGUGGACAAAUAAUUUACAUGUUCAUGUAUAGUUAUAUGGGCCAACAAUUAAUUGACAAGAGUACACAACUGUCCAUGAAAAUAUAUUCUUCAAGAUGGCACAGUACAGUUGUAUGGAAACAAAAGAUGAUGAUAUUUAUUAUGUUAAAAUGUAUGCAUACGAUUACCAUUAACGCGUACAAUAUUUUUAUUCUAAGUUUAGAGAGUUUUUCGGCGGUAAGCAAAAAAGAAAUUAAUAUUAAAUUAACCCUUUGUUGCACAGUAUGACAUAUAUGUCACACCUUUUUGUACAUCGUUUUAUGUCUUCUAAAUUUUAGUUUUAGGGUUUCUUGUUAUGAAAUAAAUCAAUUCUAGGUUCAUAUGUUACUUUAUGGAUAAGUCAAGCUUUGUAACAAUUAUAUUGCAUUAAUUAUUUGUUAUGAACAAAUAAAGCGGAAAAAAUACUUUUUUUUAUAAAAAAUAGUUUUUGAAGAAAUUUGAUUAUAAACACAUGUAAAAAAAUAUGUAUUUUUGUUUUUUGGGUCGCUGAUUACAAAUUUGUUAUCAGUUUUUCAAAAUUCAAAAUAGCGGAUCCAAUAUGACAGGCAAUAUACCUAAAAGUUUACAAUUUUAACAAAUAAAAAUGCUAUCGUAUUCUAAAUUUUUAGUGAAAAAUGUUUUUGUAAUUUUUUGAUUGGACGCAUACUUUUCAAGAAAAAAAUCCAUAAAUAUUGGAAAAUUUUAGAUAUCAAAAUAUUCAUAAAUUUUUUAAAACCUAAAAGCAGAUUCGAAAUAUUAGCGACCCAAAAGCAUAAAAUUAGAGACUUUGCAGAAUUUUAUAAUUUUUUUUGUUUUUUAGUCCGUCAUAUUGGAUCAAUCUUUUGAAUUUCGAAAAAUUGAUAGCAGAUUUAUAAUCAGCGAUCUCGAAAAUCCCUUAUAGCCAUAACAGCACAAAUAGUGUUGUACAAAAAUUUGUGCAACAAAGGGUUAAAAUCGUAAUGUUUCUUCUUCUACUAUGAAUAUCGAUUCUGUUUCAAGAUCUUGCAGUCGGCCAUGUCAUUUUGUAUGGUGCUGAGACGCUUCUAAAACACUGUAUUUAAGAACAAUUUGAGAAAUGAUGUUUUUGGGUAGUCAGACCGUAUGAAAUUAUCGUGAAAUACAUUUUUGUGCCCCUUAGAUAUCGCUUCUGUGUUUUCACUUUAUAAUCAAUUAUGUAUACGUGAAAACUAUCGUCGACAUUCAGAAACCAACCUUUUUUCUGCUGUACAUAAUCAUAUAUAUUUUCGCUAUCGCAAAGACCGCCAGUAAAAUAUUUCACCUCACAUCUUCAUUUCUGGUAAUUCCAAAUAGAUUGUAAUAUUAUUGCGCGUUUCUCCUAGGACACAAGAUUUCUCACAAAAGUAUAUUACAUUUUAAAAUAUUUAUAAAUGCGUAAUUUAAUACGUGUCAUAAAUGCACACAAGCCAGUGCCAAGACUGCCGUGAAAUCAAAAAAAAAAAAAAAA